CUCACCCGGGCUGUCCGGGAUCGAGGCGCCCGGGCCCUGUACGUGACGCCCGUCCGGGCCGGGCUGAGUGAAUCACGCCGGAGCCCGAGAAGGGGGCGGAGGCGCCGGCUCCCUGGCUCCGGCUGCGUGACUCACCCGCCCCCGCCGCCGCCGCCGCUCCGGGAGGAGCCGCCUCCGCUGCCUUCCGGAAGCGAGGGAAGGCCCUGAGAGCUGAGCGGCCCGCGGGGGUCGCAGCUCGUCAGGGCCGGGGGGGCAUAGGCGAGACGCUGAGGAGUGGAGAGGAUCCCCGGGUCUGAGGGGCCGGAGUCCCCGGGGGAACCCAGGCCGGGACGAUGCUGAGCAAAGGUUUGAAGCGUAAACGGGAGGAGGAGAAGGAGGAGGAGAAGGAAGCCCUCUCGGUGGACGCCUGGUGGUUGGAUCAAAGCCACUCAGCAGUGGCACAGACCCCUCCGGCAGUAGCUUCCAGUUCUCUGUUUGACCUCUCCGUGCUCAAGCUUCAUCACAGCCUGCGGCAGAGUGAGCCAGACCUCCGGCACCUGGUGCUGGUGGUGAACACACUGCGGCGCAUUCAGGCAUCCAUGGAACCUACAACCGCCCUCCCACCUGCGCCCAUGCCACCCACAGCCCCCUCUGUGGUAGACAGCCUUCUGGCUAGUUCGGACGCUGGCCUCUCAGCCUCCAUGGCCAGCCUCCUGGAAGAUCUCAACCACAUUGAGGACCUGAACCAGGUCCCCCAACCCCAAGCAGAUGAGGGGCCUCCAGGCCGCUCCGUUGGGGGUGUCCCACCUAACCUGGGUGCCUUGGACUUGCUAGGCCCAGCCACUGGCUGUCUGCUGGACGAUGGACUGGAGGGUUUAUUUGAGGACAUUGAUACCUCCAUGUAUGACAGUGAACUUUGGGUACCAGCCCCUGAGGGGCUCAAACCUGGCCCUGAGAAUGGUCCAGCCAAGGAGGAAACUCCAGAGUUGGACGAGGCUGAACUGGACUACCUCAUGGACGUAUUAGUUGGCACACAGGCACUGGAUCGGCCACCAGGGCCUGGGCGCUGACCCCUAGACCCAGGGGUGGUUGGCUGGCAUGUGAGUUGAGCCUGAUGGUUAGACCAUUCCACCUUGGCAUGACACGGGAGGGUCCGGGUCACCUUGGAGAGACAGUACCGAGUCCUGGGCAACUUCACAUCCAUCUACCUGUCUUGGCCAGUGAGGGAGUUGGAAAUAAACCCCAGUGGUGAAAUGACUGCAGUGUGUUUGGGCCAGCCUGGGGCUUGGACUGAUGCCCUGGGAUAAUAGUCUGGGCUAUCCCACCCCAUUAUCCCGAGUGUGGGAAGAGACCUCAUAAUUUUUGAAAUUAAAAACAGC